AAAGAAGAAAAAGCUCUCUCCCUGUGUAUUGAACGCUAUAUCCUUUUUUGGUAUGUUGCUUUUCAUACACAAGACUGGAGCAGCCCGAGCUUGGUCUUAUAUUUGUCACUCCCUCUUUAACCAAGAAAAAUGUCCAAGUCACUGAAGAAAAUUGUGGACGAGACUCGAGAAAAAAACCUCCCAGAAGUGGAGAUGUGCGACAGAGGCAUUUCGAACAUGUUGGAUGUACCAGGAUUGUUCACUUUGUCCAACAUCACUCAGUUGGUCCUCAGCCACAACAAGCUCACAGUGGUUCCUGCUAACAUCUCAGAGCUGAAAAAUCUGGAGGUCCUGAACAUGUUCAACAACCAGAUUGAAGAGCUGCCAACUCAAAUUAGUAGUCUUCAGAAGUUGAAAUGCCUUAAUCUUGGAAUGAACCGCCUCUGCAACUUGCCUAGAGGCUUUGGUUCCUUGCCAGCACUUGAAGUUUUGGACCUCACCUACAAUAAUAUGAACCAUAACUCCCUGCCUGGAAAUUUCUUCUACCUCACAACACUUCGUGCUCUGUAUCUGAGUGACAAUGACUUUGAAGUCCUGCCAGCUGACAUUGGGAAGUUGGCAAAGCUGCAAAUAUUGAGUCUUCGGGAUAACGAUCUUAUCUCACUGCCAAAGGAGAUUGGGGAUCUGGUUCAACUCAAGGAGCUUCACAUCCAAGGCAACAGACUGACUGUCCUUCCACCUGAACUUGGGAAUCUGGAUCUGACUGGACCAAAGCAGGUUUUCAAAGCAGAAAACAAUCCCUGGGUCACUCCCAUUGCCGAUCAGUUUCAACUCGGAGUCUCCCACGUGUUUGAAUAUGUUCGCUCUGAGACCUACAAAUAUCUCUACGGUAGACACAUGCAGGCCAACCCGGAACCUCCUAAGAAGAACAACGACAAAAGUAAAAAGAUCAGCCGGAAACCACUGUCAGCAAAAAACAAAUGAAAGAAAAAUAGAAAUGAUGGUGGUUUGACACAACUGUCCAUUUCCAAACUAUUUGUAUUACAAUAAAAUGUAUCUAAUAUCUUGCCUUACAUGUAGUCAAAAACUAAGUACCGUAUUUUCCAGACUGUAAGGCGCACUUAAAAUCUUUUUUUGUCCUCAAAACUCGACUGUGUGCCUUAUAACUCGGUGCGCCUAUUUUACGGAAUACGUUUGGUUGAGCUUACCCUCCUCGAAGCUAUUUUAUUUGGUACAUGGUGUUAUGAUAAGUGUGACCAUUAGAUGGCAGUCAAACAUGAGAGAUAUGUGUAGACUGCAAUAUGUCUCAAGUAAACACCAACAUUUUAAAUGUUCCAUUGAAAAUAUAGAACAUUACACACGGCGCUCAAAAAUCUAUCAAAAUGUUUUAGUACGACUUUGGUAAGCUAUGAAGCCGCACCGCUUGAUGGAUUGUACUGUGCUUCAACAUACGAGUAUUAUUUAGGUGCGUGUAUAGGGUAAUAUUACCUGCCGUUUUGUUUCGCAAUAUAAUGCAAAAGCAACUUUUCUUACCUUCUGGUACCUGCUGAUCUGUAUUUGGGAUCUGCAUAAAUCCUGAAAAAUUGCACGCGUCCACGCUAACGCCGUAGUCGAUGAGGUUCUUAUUUUUCCUCUAUCUUCUUGUUAUGGGACAUUCAUCCUCUGCUGUUGCCAUUUGUAGUAUAAAGUAGUGUAAAGUUCUUACUUAUAAUUGUCAGUAAACUUGCCAUGAAAGCGCUAAAACAUACGUGAGUUUACAUUAUUCACCCAAGGAACUUUAGUUAUUAGAGUUCUGGUCGGACGGUUUUUCACAGGACACAUUCCUGGUGUUGUUUCCGGAUGAGGAGAUGGUGCUCCGUUAUUGAUUGAAGUAAAGUCUGAAUGUCAUUAAAACAGUUAAUUCCAUCUUGUGACACUUCUUCCACUCCCGUCCUUGCACGCUACACCGCUACAACAAAGAUGACGGGGAGUAGACGCUGCCGAAGGUGAGCCACAAAACGGCGCAUCCUGAAGGGAUUGUCAGAAAGCGGCUUGAAGAUGAUCUGUAAAACAUAAUCUAUGCAACAUUUUGACCAAAGAACCACCAUUACAUGUUAUGUAGACUACAAGGAAGUGUUUUCAAUUUAGAAAAAAAAUAACAAUAAUAUGACUCUUUUAAUGCGCCAUAUAAUCCGGUGCACCUAAUAUAUGAAAAAACUUCAAAAAUAAACCAUUCAUCGGCAGUGCGCUUUAUUAUUAUUUUCCUAUGGUCCGGAAAAUACGGUAAUACAUCCUGUACUUGCAUACAAUACUUUGAUUUGUAAUAUACAUUUUUCUCACGCAAUUUCAAUGAAUGUGUUGUGUUUUUUUGCUGUCAGAAACAUAAUAAAAGCUUUUUCUUGUC